AUGACCUUGGUAACGUUUCUCAAGGUUCAUCUACCAACUUUCCAAGGAUCCACAAAUCCUGUUAAAGCGGACCACUGGUUCCAGGCUAUAGAGCGUGCUUUACAGGCGCAGCAUGUUCCACUCAAUCAAUAUGUAGAGUUUGCCGCUUAUCAGCUAGCGGGAGAAUCCCAACCCUGGUGGCAAGCUGAGUGUCGUUUGCUACAGCUUCAGAAUGCCGACAUUCCAUGGGAGGUGUUCCAAAUGGCUUUCUACAAAAAAUACUUCCCUGAGUCUGCAAGGGAAGCGAAGGAUAUGGAGCUAAUGCAGCUGAAGCAAGGUUCCAUGUCUGUGGCAGAGUACACUAACAAGUUCGAAGAGCUUUGUAGGUUUUCUCGGGUGUGUCAGGGUGACUCGGAGACUUACGAGAGCUGGAGCUGCGUUAAGUAUCAGAGGGGUUUGAAGGACAACAUUAUGACUGCUGUGGCACCUAUGGAGAUCCGUGUCUUUUCUGACUUAGUGAAUAAGGCUAGAGUAGUGGAAGAAUAUGCCAAGACCGUGGUGGCAUCUAAGGACACUCAUGAAGGGAGUUCUAGUCGUGGGCGUAGCAAGUACUUCCAUCUGAGAGGACAAAGUUUCAAGAGAGGAGGAUAUGCACCUCAAGGCCAAGGGGGCUUCAGAAAGAACAAUCAGAAUCAGUUUCAGUAUGCUAGGGGAAGAGGAAAUCAGAGUAAGAGUUCUCCGGAUUUUGCUUGUAAUGGUUGUGAAUAUUUUCACGCUUAUGACUCAUGCAAGAUUGGUAUAGGUGAGUGCUUCAACUGUGGGUUGCCUGGCCACAUUGCAAAGGACUGCCCUCGUGGGAGGAAUCAGAAUGCGGGCCAGAAUCAGCAUCAAGGUCGAGUCUUUGCUGUGAAUGCCAAGGAUGCUUCUAAGGCGGAUCCGUUGAUGAGAGCUAUAUGUCUAGUUGGUUUCAAGCUUGAGAAUAGAUAUUUUGUGGAUGAUUUGAUCUGUUUACCAAUGGUGGGACUUGAAAUGAUUUUGGGGUUUGAUUGGUUGUCAAAGAAUCGGGUUUUGUUGGAUUGUUUUGAACGGACAAUUCGGUUUAUGCCGGAAGGAGAAAAUGGAGCAGUGGUAGCUACAGGGUAUUGCUUGAACUCUGUAAUGGUGUAUUGUAGAGGGGAGGAGUGUCAGGGUUAUAUUCUGUUUGCUGUGAAUGCGUUGGGUGAUGCCCAGAACUUAGAUAAGAUACCGGUAGUUAGAGAUUUUCCAGAAGUGUUCCCGGAAGAUAUCCCUGAGUUUCCACCUCAAAGGAAAAUUGAAUUUGAGAUCGAAUUGGUGCCAGGAGCUGGACCAGUGUCGAUUGCACCGUAUAGAAUGGCUUCGAUAGAGCUGGCAGAGUUAAAGACUCAGUUGGAAGAGAUUUUGAACAAGGGGUUCAUUCGGCCGAGUGUAUCACCGUGGGGAGCGCCAGUUUUAUUGGUGAAGAAGAAAGAUGGAGGAAUGCGUUUGUGUGUAGAUUAUAGACAGUUGAAUAAAGUGACUGUGAAGAAUAAGUAUCCGCUACCAAGGAUAGAUGACUUAAUGGAUCAAUUGCAAGGAGCUGGAGUGUUUUCCAAGAUUGAUUUGAGAUCUGGUUACCAUCAGAUAAGGGUGAAGGAGGAUGAUAUUCCUAAGACUGCGUUUAGGACACGCUAUGGACACUACGAGUUUGUGGUAAUGUCCUUUGGGUUAACGAAUGCACCUGCUGUUUUCAUGGAUUACAUGAACAGAGUCUUUCGUCCCUUUUUGGACAAAUUUGCGGUGGUUUUCAUAGAUGAUAUCUUAGUUUAUUCUAAAAUGGUGAAAGAGCAUGAGGAGCACUUGAGGAUUGUGUUGCAAAUUCUGAAGGAGCAGAAGUUGUAUGCUAAGUUGUCAAAGUACGAGUUCUGGAAGGAGGAAGUAAAGUUCUUAGGCCACGUGGUGAGUAAAGGAGGAAUAGCUGUAGAUCCUUCUUCUAAGGUAGAAGCGGUGAUGGAAUGGAAAAGACCGAUGACUAUGACGGAAGUCAGGAGCUUUUUGGGUUUAGCCGGAUAUUACCGGAGAUUUAUCGAAGGAUUUUCCCGGAUUACGCUACCAAUGACAAAGCUGACAAGGAAAGAAGUGCCAUUCGUGUGGACAUCAGAGUGUGAAGAGAGUUUUCAGACUUUAAAGCAGAGAUUAACUUCAGCACCUGUUUUGAUCUUGCCGGAACCGCAUGAACCGUUUGAAGUGUACUGUGACGCUUCCUUGAAGGUUGGUGAUAAGAGGCGUGAAGAAUUCACUAAGGAUGAUGAAGGGUUAUGGAGAUACAAGAGAAGAAUUUGCAUACCGGAUGUUGGGAGUUUGAGACAAGAUUUAUUGUCGGAGGCUCACAAUAGUGGGUUUUCCAUUCAUCCCGGAAGCACGAAGAUGUAUUAUAAUUUAAAGAAAAUGUUCUGGUGGCCGGGGAUGAAGGGUGAUAUAGCAACAGUAGUAUCCAAAUGUUUGACUUACCAGAAGGUAAAGAUAGAGCACCAAAAACCGUCAGGAAUGCUACAACCACUUGAGAUUCCUCAGUGA